AUGACGCAACUGACAGGACAGCUGAUCUCCGCACUCGGACUAAGCUAUGCAGCUGUACCACUGUACCGUGCCUUUUGCUCAGCAACGGGGUAUAGCGGUACGCCCAUGACUGAUCCAUCACGCUUCUCGGAACCAUCUCGCCUGGUUCCUUCCUACAAGGACCCGCUCAAUGAUACCAAAGCGACGCAGCGUGUCCGUGUGUCCUUCAACGCAAGUACAUCGGAUGAGAUCCCUUGGACGUUUGUGCCGGAGCAACGCGAGAUCUAUGUACUUCCUGGUGAAACAGCUUUGACAUUCUUCAAGGCCCAUAAUAAGUCCCAGCAUGAUAUUAUCGGCAUUGCCACUUACAAUGUGAUUCCUGACCGUAUUGCCCCCUACUUUAACAAAAUCGAGUGCUUCUGCUUUGAAGAACAGCGCAUUCGUGCCGGUGAAGAAGUUGAUUUGCCUGUGUUCUUCUUCCUCGACAAGGACAUGUUGGAAGACAAAGAGACACGCGACGUCAAAGACGUCAUCCUGGCGUAUACCUUCUUCAGUGCGCGUCGCAACCCCGUGAAUGGACAGCUUGAGCCUGAUACAGACUUGUCACUGUACCGUGUAGGUAAGGACUCGUUAUAG